CACACUCCCUUUAAUUCCCUAUCUUUCUCAAUUCUUGAAUAUCCCUUCUUCCUUCCUAUUGCUUUGCAAUUCUUGAAAAGUUUUUCAAGUCCGUUUGAUGCUUUGAAGAUCACAUAAUGACUCUCAAGGGUGGCACCAGCCAAGCCUGCGCUGCGUGCAAGUACCAAAGGAGGCGUUGCAUUUCUGACUGCCCCUUAGCUCCCUAUUUCCCAGCUGAUCAACCCAAAAUGUUCCAAAACGCACACAGGCUCUUCGGAGUCAGCAACAUUCUAAAAAUACUGAAGCAGCUUGAUCCAUCCCAAAAGAAAGUGGCCAUGAAAUCCAUUAUUUAUCAAGCAAAUGCCCGCGAUAAGCAUCCUGUGUAUGGAUGUGUCGCGGAGAUACAAAACCUCGUCUUUAACAUUCAACUAUAUGAGGAGGAACUUCAAGCUGUCCAUGCACAAUUAGCCUUCUAUAGACAGCAGCAGCAGCAUCAACAACAAGAGAUCUCAUCCACAGCACUCAGUGAUUCUGUUUCUCAUAUACAAUUGGGAAUGCCUCCUCCUCCUGCUGUUGCUGCUCCUCCUCCGCCUCCUCAGCCCGAUAAUGGAAAUGGAUUAACACUAUUCCAUCAAGGCACGCCUUCACAGCAAUAUAAUGCUGCUGUCAAUGACAAUGCACUGCCUGUCCAAUCUUAUCCCUCUUACUCAAACAACAGCUAUGCUGCUUACAACAACAACACUACAUUUGUUGACCCUAAAGAAAAUAAUGCUGUCAAUUCGUUAUGGAUUCAACAAUCAUAUGGUAAUAGUGCUUACAAUAGCAACACAAUGAUCAUGCAAUCUCAGUUGCCAUCUUCACAAGCAAUUUCUGUCCCACCCGAAGUUACUCAAGACUACGAUGAGAUACAUCCGUUUUUUGACACUAUUGAUGAUAGACAAUCUUAUAUUGAUUCUAAAGAAGCCUAUGACUCGAGUUCGGAAUCAUCACUGAAAGACACGAGACAUUCUGUGGAGCAUGUUGCUGAGAAUGAAUUAAAGAGUGCUGCAGCAUGUUUCACUCUUACCAGCGUCAACUGAUAGAGUACAAAGAAAAUGUAAGAAGAAUGAUAGCAGACUGGCUUUUUCUUUUGCCAUUCAAAAUUUUGUCUUGUUAAGAUACAAAACAUCGAGAAUGUACUGCCAUUUUGAGAAUACUUUAAUUCCACCUCUCCUGCUAUAUUUGGUUUUUAGAAAGUUGGACACUAGCUUGUUGCCUUUGUAUACGACGAUUUGCGUCUUUUGCUGCAGUA